UCCACUGAGCACCACUGAUUGUAUUUUCUUCCCUCCCUGGAACCACCAAAUUUAUCCACCAGCCUUUCAGGAUCGCUAACUGCAGUCUUACGAAAUGAUGACUCACUUAGAAAUUUUGGUCAUUUCUGCUCAGAUUAAUUUGUCACUCGUCCACCUACACGUGUCCUUCUGGUUUAUUUCAGAUUCCUUUGUGGUCUUUCACAUGGGUGUGUAAAUACCGCGUCCAGUCGUUUCUGUAACGAAAACGGGCUUCUCAUCCGCUCUUUUCGGAGAACGAAACAUACGUUUGCUGCAGAAAUAUGCAGAACUUACAUCUUUUUGCCAGCUGUCAUUUGUCAGUAAGUCAAAACCACAAAGAUACUUCCUUUAUGAUGUUCUUGUACCACCUCUGCUUGGUGAGAUAUGGUUGCAAAAGAGGAGAUUUCUCAGUAAACGCUCUCUGGAAUCAAUGCUUCGUUGCACGCCGGAUUAAUCUGCAUUGUAUAAAAGUAAGAUCGUGGUAAAAUUAUGCCUCUCUCAGUGAAGCAGGGGAUUCUUGCAGACUGUGAUGGGUCCUGAGAAGGUCUACUGCUGCAGGCUUUGAGAACUCUUGUUGGAGCCGCUCAGGCGGAGCUGUGUCGCAAGGGGGCCUUGUGGGCUUUGGCUUCACUGCUGCGGAAUGAGCCCAGGUGUUCGAUCAGGCGCGGGAGCGGGAAACGCGGCGUUCGGCCCACGUGCGCGUCUGCUUGAGGUAGCCAACUGCCGCCGCCGCCUUGCCCUGUGCAGGAAGCGGAUGGCUCUGCUGCUUUCGUUUCUCUGAAGAGAAGCGUCGAGAAGACCCAGAAAGGGUUUACGAGCCAGCAGACUCAUCGUGACUCAAAUGGAAAAAUAAACUCGAAGUCGACGACGACGGCGGCGCAACGGCAGUAAACAGCAACAACUCAGGGAAUCCAUCAUCGCACCGCUGACAGCUGCAGACGCAAAAAAAGAAACGUGGAAAUACUGCAGUCGUGUGGAAUACGACCCCCUCGGCAAUGUAGAAGGGCCUGCGAGCAAGACCGCAAGGGCGCGGUACUGUGGUGAAUCUCAAUAAGACAAGAAGCCAACAUUUUGUUUUUAAAUCAAACUUUUCACUGCCUUCCACCGUGUCUUUUUCCUGCUGUGUUCCGAACAGAAAGGAGACGUUAUCAUUCCGUCUUUGCACGUCACGGGACUAAACUGAACUAUAUUUUGCCCUCAACUUCUCUUGGUUUAAGGACCUUUAGUGUUUCAUUUUAAGAAGAAUUUCGUGCAGAAACUGAAUUUGUUCUAACAACUGGUUAUGAAAAUGCUUUGAUCGCUUUACAGCGUGGUUUCCUCUGUAACUCCUCUGUACUUUUGCGCGAGCAGCCCUGAUUGUAUCUCAACAGCUGGAGAAAACCGUGUUGAGUGCUUUAUAAAGUAUGGAGAACGAUAGAGUACCAAGACUUGAAAGUCUGACUUAUGCAGCUAAAUCAUUUGCUUUUUAAUAAUUUUUAUUCACUUCAGUUAAUGUUACUCUCGACGUAUUUAUCUCCAAGUUUAGACUGGUAAAGAUGGACUUGUCUGUGGCUACAGUGGGCAGCAGUGCUGAGACUGAUGUUGGAGCUGAACACAAAGCACAAAGUGUUCCCUCAACCGCCCACCAUAACUCUACAGUGGGACAGCAGAGCUCUGCUCCUGUAAGGUUUAAAAUUCGCACCGCUCAGGAGCGUGCCCUCCUCAAACAAGCUGGAAGCCAGCAGGGCCAGAAUGAACUGCACAAACUUAGCAUCUUGCGUGAAGGCAAGAGCGUUAACGCUAAAGGUGAGGAGUGCCAAAUGAAGCAAGCGGAGAAUCCUACGGUAAAGGGGGCUGACGAGGUUUCCGUGGUGUCCGCCACAGAUGUGAAUGACACUCUGACCGGAAUCAAACCUAAUUCUAGGAGUAAUAAGCUUGAGACUCAGAACCAGGACAAAUUAACAGAAAUCCCCAAACCGGUCAAUGGAAAAACAAAACCUGAUUCCAGAACGAGCCAAUUGCAGUCAGACUCCAGAGGCUCCAGCAGCCACACUGGCUAUUCUGAAAACUGGGCAGUGUAUAGAGGCAGGCCACAGUGGAGAAGGGUAAAUGCACCAAGCAGGAGUAAAAGCUUGGACUGGAGAGAAGAGUCAAGAACAGAUGCAGGGAAACUUCAGGUGCAGAACUUCUUGGAAAGUCACGUUGGCCGAAGGGCAGAGAGCUUGGAGAGAGGAGGAAGGAGUGUGGUGGAUAGAGCUGCAUCCGCUGUAGAAAAAAUGAAUCCCACACCUAACGCUGUGAUGUCCAUGGUCAAGAUGUACAACUCAUCUGACAGAGCAGAAGAGAAAACGUUACUGGGAGAAUGCUCAGAUGUGAAUGCGGGUCCUGAAAUCCAACCAUUAAGAAGCAACAGCAGUUUGUCUGUGAAAAAAGGAAACAGUUGCCAGUCCCUUCCAUCUCGAUUAAAAUCAAAUCAAGGUGGAGCAAGUGAGGACAGAUAUGCCUGGAAAUGUAAUCCUUAUGAUCCUGUCAGUAAUCCAAGACUCAAGUUUGGCUCAGGGACAACAGAACCUUCAAAUAGCGCAAGAACAGCUGGAGGGGUGUUUGCUAACCAGUCCAUUUUGAAUAGGAUUGAGAAGUUAUAUGGGUCAAGUAAUUCAGACGCAGGUUUAAACAACAAUGAAGCUAAGAAAAAUUGUGAUGGUGCAAGGGACUGCGAAAUUGAUAACAGGCAGCACCUUUGGCACAGUGACACUUGGAGGAAGUCUGUUCAUGAUGUUCAGUGGAGGAGCAUGACACACAAAGGUCAGAAUGGUGGCACUUUUCCAAGGAGAUCUUCUGAAGGGAACAAUUUUAAGAGCAAUUUUGGGACUACUUUUAGAGGCUUCGGUAAUGAGAAGGGCGAACAAAAGCUGCCCAUCUCUACCCAAGGAAACUUUUCAGUAUUUGAACAAUCAAAGGAAGCAUCUAGUGCAGAGUGCAGGACUUCAUUAAGAGACAUAGAGGGUGAUGUUCGCAAACAACCUCAACUUACAUCAGACACAACUCGUAACAGAAUUUCUAUGCCAGAGCAACAAAGAUCCCUGAGAGCCGAGCCUGGGAACAGUCAUGCUGUUCUACUCAGGGAUCCAUCGCUGCCAUCCAAUCUUGUAAGGGAUAAGGAAGACAGAGGGAGAGAAGUGGAAAAAGAGGACAGGGAACAGGACUGCGAAAUGCAAAGAGAGGAGAAGGAAGGCGAUAAAGUGCAACGCAUGGUACGGAAUGGAGAAAAAGAUACGGAGGCAGAGGAGUGGAUGCAGGCAAAACCCCUAAAAGUUAUUACUGACAAUGACAGAAGCCCUACAGUGAUAUUUAGUGCAACCAUGGACUCCCUGGUGUUGACAUCCCCAUCCAUAUCACAGGUGGCUUUUUCAACUGCAGGAAAAGUGAAGGAGGAGCCUAAGGAAGGUAUGGAAGACCAUCCAGAUGGAAAAAUGGAAUGCAUUCCACCAUUAAGUAAAUCAUUAAGAAAGGAAGACAAAGAUGUUUCUAUGGAAUGUGGUCCUGCGAAGGAUCAGGAGACAAAGCUCAACUCUGCAAACUCUGGGGAUAAUCUCUCUUCAGACACUGUACGUAAUAAGAUACACAGAUUUGAAGCACUUGCCCUAAGGAGCCAGGCAUCCCAGCUUCCCUCACUAUGGUCCAGGAGGGCCUUGUCUCUACAAGAACAGCCCAGGGAUCUGGUUGGACAAAUGAUGAGAAAGAGUGGCUUACACAAACCCCUUGGUGGGGUAAAGGAGAAGGAUGUUCAAGGGAAAGAAGUCAUUCAAAAGAAUGUCCUCCAGAAAGACGAAGGGGAGAGCAGAUGGUUGCUAAGGUCUUUUUCAGUGGUUGAUGCUGGGCAAAGCAGAGAUGGCAGAUAUAAAGAUUUCUGGGAUAGUGACAACACUUUUAAAACACAGUCAAACCGCAGUGAAAAAACAUCUCUUCAAACCACUAUUACUCAGACGAGGCCACAUGAGAGUUGGAAGAGCAAUUCGGCUGAGUCAAGUUCUUUUACAGUCAGUCAUCCAGAUGUCAAAAAGGCAGUUAUUUCACAAGAGAUCUCCCAUCCCUCAGAAAUACACACCCCUUACCAGCAAACCAACUGCACAAACAGUGGCACUAGCGGUGUGGGUGAAGAAGACAUCACCACCAGGAGUGUUCACGAUUCAGCGAACACAUCUUGCAUUGGUAUGGAUAAGGCUGUUUGCAGCAGCUCAAAUAAUGACAAAGCUGGAGGCGCAAAGUCAAAUUGUGCUUCGGAACGAGAGGCUCAAGUUUCAGAAAAUGCUAAAAACCCUUCCGGCCCAGUUUCUUUGGCCAAACCGCUUCUGUCCAGUGCUGACGACACUGUGGGCGUCUUAAACCCAUCAGGCUCGCAGUGCGAACCUAGUCGUGUUCUCUCCCAGCAGUCUAGCGGCUCCUCUAAUAACCCUCAGCGACACGGUGACGCAGCACCUGUGGAUAAAGACGGAAGCAUCGGUUCCUUCGAUGUCUGCACGGCAAGGUCGGGUUCGGAGGCAGAAGAUUUGGAAGACGAAGAUGACGAUGAUGAUAACAGCACAGAGAAGGGCAACGAUUCAAACUACGACUCUGACUCGGGAGAAUCGUCUGUGACCAUCACUAGUAACAUGAGUCAGUGUGAUCACAGGAGCUUCUCUGCCACUCUGGCUGAUCUGUGUAAUUUUGGAGGCGUGGAGUACGCGAGCCGAGAUGACCUCGACGAGGACUCCGAGGAUUGCGCGUCGCAUCGAACAGCUUCUCUCAGUUCUGAUAUUUCCGCCUUCUCAUCCGUGUCACUGCUCGCCACUGAGGAGCUGGAUCGCCUCAUCAGCGAUGUGAGAAAUUUGGGAGAUGAGAGUUUGCAGAGCUAUGAGGAUGUGCAGGUGGUGGUUCUGCACAAGGAGGUGGGCUGUGGACUGGGCUUCACUGUGGCUGGUGGGAUGGAUCAGAACAAAGCCAUUACUGUUCACAAGGUGUUCCCUGGUGGGCUGGCAGCCCAGGAGGGUUCCAUCCAAGAGGGUGACGAGGUUUUGUCGAUUAACGGCACAGCUUUGCAGAACUGUGCCCACUGGGAGGCACUGCGCACCCUGAGGAGGGCUCGGGCGAGAGGCAUGGCUGUCGUGGUGCUCCAGAAAGGCACGGUCAAACAGCUACAGAAAGCCCAGGGCAACCAUACAGUUGGAACAUCUGAUCUGGACAGUAAAGUAAAUGAAGGCAGGAUACUGCGAGUGAUGCUGAAUAAAUCCAGCACAGACUUAGGCUUCAGUUUGGAAGGUGGACUGGACUCCAGUGUAGGAGACAGGUCCAUUACUGUAAAAAAGGUUUUCCACGGCGGCCCAGUGAGCGAGGUGUCAUCGGGAGAUGAGCUUUUGGAGAUUGCGGGGCACAACCUGCAUGGUUUACGGAGGCUGGAGGUGUGGAGCUUGAUUAAGAAACUACCCCCUGGACCUGUGGAGGUGGUACUGAAUCGCCCUUUUAAAGGGAAAAGGGAGAGAAUGCAGAAGGCACCCCAGCUCUGAAAUGAGCAAUGUAAGAGUAUGAAAAGUACAGAAGGACUGAACUUUACCACAGAGUUGAGCGGCGCUGACACAAACAAUGAAAAGAUGGAACCUAUCAGUUAUUUUUGGGAACGCUAUGGAGAAAUUAAUAUUGUAUAUUUUUUUAAGAAAAAAUUACACAAAAGUAUAACAAAAAUUGUAAAAUUAUUAUAAAAUAACGUGACACUUCUUUCUAUAACAUCAUGUUCUUUCGUCAAACAAAAAAUUGCUUUAUU